AUGAUUCCGACAAGAGCGAUGAGGAAGAAGAAGGAUAUAAGGCAUGCCCAAAUAUCUCCCAUCUUCCUCCUUCCUUCUCCCUACGAUCUAUUCCCCCUGUGGAGAGAUAGAGAAGAUGAAAGUGAUGAUGAGGUUGGUUGCAAUACAUAUGUGACCGUAACUUCUACGCAUCCUUAUUUCGUGUUUGAUUGGAGAUUUUGUGUCUGUAAAUUUCAGUUUACAUUUGUCUAAAUCUUGAUGAUGCAGACUAGUUGUGUGACGAAAAAAAUGGUGGGUCGAAAGAGAAAAACAAAAACAUGUGACGAAGGGUCGCAAAGAAGGAUAUGCCAACUACCUGAUGUUUUGAUAAGUGAAAUACUUACUCGUGUUCCUACAAAGUCUGCUGUAAGAACAGGCGCUUUGUCCAGAACAUGGAUUAAUCACUGGAAGAGUGUUCAUGGUUUGGACUUAGACUCCUUUGAAUUCUUGGAUAGGGAUACCUUUGUGAGUUUUGUUCGUAAUUUUUUUGAUUCACACAAGGAAUCAAUGAUAGACAAAAUAAGGUUAAGUGUUCACUAUUCUGAUUGUAAGUCCCUUCUCACCCAAUGGACUGAUAUCGCGACUAGGCGUAACAUUCAGCAUCUCGAUGUUUUUUAUUAUGGCCCUUGUUCUGAUGUUACGAUGCCCGUCAGUCUAUAUACAUGCAAGACACUGGUGCACUUACGCCUUUGUUGGGUUCUCUUGGCUAACAUGGAGGUUGUUUUCUUACCAUGCCUAAAGACCAUGCAUUUAGAAGGCAUUAGAGAUCUCACUGAGCCAACUGUGGAGAAACUUAUCUUAGGCUCUCCAGUUCUGGAAGAUUUUACCAUUGUCAGACAAGCUAGUGGUGAAAGGUCUAUAGAAGUGCGCUCUAAUACGCUCAAGAGAAUCCACAUAGAUACGUAUACAGAUGUUGUGAUCGAUGCUCCUCUACUCCAGUGUUUGAAGACUACGGUUUACUUAAAAAAGAACUUCAAGAUCAUCAAUUUGGGUUGCUCUACCACCCUAGAUAUUUGUAUGGUCUUUCCUGGUUUGAUUUGCCCCAAACCUUUAAUUUCUGAUAUUCUCACCGAUAUUCCGAGGUUCAGAGGCCUUGUUACAAGUAGUUACAUUUUGAAGAGCAUCUUUCUACACUCCGAACCGGGACCAUUGCUUCAGUUCCGUGACCUAUCCCGUUUGCAUGUUAAGUUCUCUAAAUCCGAUCUUGAAAUGUUGCCAGCCAUUCUAGAAAGCUGCUCAAAACUACAAUCUCUCAUCUUGGAGUUGAUCAAGGACCCGAGUUAUAAGAAGAACAGAGAACCAAAGUUGAUGUUUUCAACGGUGCCUACUUGUUUGGUAUCAUCGCUCAAGGUCCUGGAAUUGAUACGUUUGAUCCCAAGGUAUGAAGGAGAAGUAGAGCUCGUACGAUACUUCCUAAAGAACUCACCAAUCCUGGAGAAAUUAAGGCUUGAUACUUACUAUAACAAAAAGGGCAUGCGUGAUUUCCUUAAAGCAGUCGUUGCAUUGCCAAGAUGUUCUAGCGCUUGUGAAGUCAUUGUUCUCUAAACAUGCCAUUUCAUUUGAGGUAAAUUUGGAUGUUAAAAACUGGUUGAUUUGAGGAAA